CCCCUGGCGACGACGCCCGCCAACCACAACCCAAGGAAAAAGCGCCGUGUGCGCAGCUUCUUCUGGAAGCCCAUCCCGGAGGAGAAGGUGCGCGGGAAGCCGAACAUCUGGACGCUGGCGGUGCGGCAGCAGCAGUACCAGAUCGACGUUCGCUCUGUUGAGGAGCUGUUUGGGCAGCAGGAAGACGCGACCUCGGCUUUACGAGGCACAACGCCGACAACAGGAACCUCGACUCGUAUAUCGAGGUCCCGCUCCUUUAAGGACAACAGCAGGAAUGAGGUCAGCAUCCUGGACUCCAAAAGAGGAAUGAAUGUGGGCAUUUUCCUCAAGCAAUUUAAGAAGUCAAACUGCUCCAUUGUUGAAGACAUCCGACGUGGAGAGGGGAAGAUUUAUGGAGCCGAGCUGCUCAAAGACCUGCUGAAGCUCCUGCCCGAUGCAGAGGAGAUCAAGAAACUGCAGGCUUUUAAAGGAGACCCAGACAAGUUGACACUGGUUGAUUCCUUUAUGUACCUCCUAAUCCAGGUGCCACGGUUUGAAGUUCGGAUCGAGGCCAUGGUUCUCCGUGAGGAAUUCUCACCUUGCAGUGCUGCGAUGAGCCAUGACAUCGAUGUCAUCAGAGCCGCUACUGAAGAGCUGAUGAACUGUGAGGAGCUUCAUGCCAUCCUUCAUCUGGUCCUGCAGGCUGGAAACAUCAUGAACGCUGGCGGCUACGCAGGAAAUGCUGUUGGAUUUAAGCUGUCGUCUCUUCUCUCAUUGGCCGACACUAAGGCCAACAAGCCGGGAAUGAACCUGCUGCAUUUUGUUGCUAUGGAGGCGAAGAAGAAGGAUGAAAAGCUGCUAAAGUUUCCAGAGAAUCUGCAGCAUGUACAGAGUGCAGCCAGAAUUUCAGUUGAAAACAUUGAGCUGGAGUUUUCCUCCUUAUACAUCCGGAUCAAAUCCCUGGAGGAGAAAAUCCAAGGAGAAGAGCAGCUGCAGCUGCAGCUGGAGCCCUUUCUGCAGAGCUCAGCGCAGACGCUGCAGGACUUAAAGAGGCGCAGGCUGGAACUGCGAAAAGAGGGCAACACUCUCAUCGACUUCUUUUGUGAAGACAAGGACACCUUCAAGCUGGACGAGUGUUUUCGGAUCUUUCAAGACUUCUGCAUUAAAUUCAACAAGGCUGUAAAGGACAACAGGGAGCGUGAGCUGAAGGAAGCAGCCAGACUGCGGCGGCUCAGGGAGCUGGAGGAGAAGCGCUUUGCGUGGGCCGCUGAGGAUCACAGCAGCGUCUUCGGCCGCAGCAGCAGCGAGAGCGACGUAGAAAUGCUCACCAAGGAAGGCCUGCUGGACUUCUUCCAGAAAAGAUCCCAGAGUCCAAACAGUCCGCUUGGACGCUCUGCCAGUGCCCGCCGCCACCGUCACACUAUGACCUCCAUAGUAGACCGCGAGCUCCAGGGUUACCUGGAGCUGUUCGGAGGCGCAGGGAACCCCACCAGCUACUCCAGGUUCUACAGCCUGCCCCGGUCCGGCCGGCCUCUCCACAGGAACGCCGUCCCGUGGAUUCUUGGUCAGGAUGACAGCAGAGAGGCGACGUCUCCACAUGCAGAAACGGAGCCUGUUGGCUCUCUGGCCAGCUUCUCCUCCUCUGGCUCCAACAAUAACGAAGUCGUCAACGACAACGAUGAUUACUCGUCUGUUUCGGAGAGCAGCGCUUUGCCUCGCCCCUUCUGUGUCUUUCAGAAGCCUGUCCACCUUCCCAACCCGGCUGUUACUGGCCUCAUGAAUGUUAGCUUGGACAAGCAUACUUUAGUUCAAGCUCCUCAAAGUUUUGACCUGCAGAGCCCAAACAACAACAGCGACCAUAAGCACUUUGUCAGCCAUGGUGACGUUGUGGUAACUGAACUUGAACAGGAGGCAGAACGUUCUCCCAGACAUCAGGACAGGUUCGUGUUCGAUGAGGUUUUGGAGAAAAGAGCUGAUCCAAAGGCAGGGGACGGUAAAGACAAGACAGGAGCUUCCUCUGAGAGGGAGAGAGACGACAAGGACUGCAGCACAGUUUCAUCCACAACCUGUGAUACCCCCCUCCCUCUGGAUACCUCUGUGUCCAACAAGAAGCCCAUGUUUUACAUAAUAGACUGCACCGAAACAGACUGCUCCGUGGUGCUGGAUUACUCCGAGGCUGAAAGCUCAUCUCUCACCAAAGAAGGUCUUCAGUUUGUUCCUCAGUGGAGCAAAGAUCUGGAAAGCCAGCAAGGUCCAAAUUCCUCCUGCAACGACAAGUCCAUCUCAACCAGUGAACUCUCAGCGCCCAAAUCUGCAGAUGUAACAUCUGUGGCUGCAUCUGCCACCACAGAGGACUGGGACACAGAGAGCUGCGACACGGCAGAGGGGAAACAGGCUGCAGAGAAGGACCAGAGAGCAGGCAGAAAACCGCUGAACUCAAAGAGCAACAAAGUGUCAAAGGGCAGCGGGGGUCGAGGGGUUCGGACUCUGACCAGCGGCGAGAGCCAGGGAGUCCGGAAAGUUGUCCCCAUCAGCAGGGUGAACAGGACGGGCAGCAGCAGGAGGACAGACAGAGCUUCGGUCCAGGACGGCGGAGAGGCACACCGACACCUCCGUGACCAAAGCACUCCUGCAAGAGGAAGAGCCGAGAAGACAGAGAGACCGCCUCGACACUCAAGCGUUCCUCCUGAUGAGUCCAAGGUCCAGAGGGGGGGUGGCCUCACGGGGGGCGUGUCUAGAUGGGCGCGAGAUUCAACGCCAAGGAAAGCUUCCCUCCACAAGCCGAGCGCCAAACCGCUCAGAAACAUCCCAAAGCCUGUGCAUGAGGAAAAGAUGUGCCGCUCCACCAUGAGGGCUCUGGCUCAGGCCCAGGCUCAGGCUGGACCCCCAGGGGGGCCUUCCUCUGAGAACAGCAGCUCAGAACCUCAAAGCGCUAAGAACUCCUCUAACGUCCCCAGCUUUGCCCGAAACACUGUAGCUUCAUCUUCCCGGACCAAGAGGGAUCUGGGCCCUCCGACUAUCCCCACCACCCCAUCCCGCAGCCCCUCGCUCCGGGGGCGCCGCACCUCCACCAACCAGAACCGGGCCUCACCGACACCUCAGAGCAACGAAGAAAAGCCUCCAGCGACACACCUGCGGCGGGUGCACAGUGUCAAGGCGGCUAGCCGCAGCGCCUGUCGCAGCGAGACCCCGCCUCCAACAUCAACACGGGGGAGCAUUCGGAAGACCAGCAGCUUUUCUGAAAAGUCUGUGCAGCUCAGAGACUCGUUGAUGUCUGGCAAAGCCACAAAGCCGAGCUGGAAGUGACACCAGACCUGGUGCAAACUGACUGCAGUCACAGACGACCUCUCCAUUUAGAAUAGAGUGAUAUUUACUCGCCUUACCAAUCCACAGUGGAGGGGAAUCCUCUCUAACAUGCAACAGAUCUCAAGCUGAAAUCUACAUUAAGCUGUUUCACCUCUGAAGUUACUUCUGUAGUUGACAAUUGCAAAGAGCAAGAUGCAAUGAACCUCUCUUCGUUUCUGUCGUGUUUCUAUAGAAAAGUUACUUUUGUUUUUCCACUAACAUGACAAGUGGUAAAUUGGUGAUCUUACACAGAAGCCUUAUUGCCUGCUUAGCUGUUAAUCUGCAGAUCCCUGUAUGCUACUGUCUGUGACGAUGUUAAUGUUUUAAGAAAUACUGACUCACUACCAUAAUGCUGCUAAUUAGCUCUGAUUGUUCCCCUUUUUUAAUUCAGGGUUUCAGAAUCUGGUAAAUCUUGCUGCUGUCACUGUGCCUUGAAAAAGUAUUGAUACCCUGAGAACUUUUUCACAUCUUCUCAAGUUACAACCAAAAAAAAAACUUCAAUAAGUUUAAUUUGUACUUUAUGUGAUAGACAGAUAACAAUAAGUAGUGCACACAUUGGCAAUGGCAGGACUGCAUUAUAUGAGGAAGUAAUGUUAUGCAAUAUGCCCAAGUGUAAUAUUACUUAAUAUUACACUUAAUAUUAAGUGUAAUAUUAAGUGUAAUAUUACUUAAUAUUACACUUAAUAUUAAGUGUAAUAUUAAGUGUAAUAUUAAUUAUAUUAAUAAUGAGGAUUAAGGAAAAUCCUCAUUUUCCUUAAUUUUCUGUUUCUCAGUGGUUAUUGUGAUGCUUCACAUACUCUGUGACCUCAAGCAUCAGGGCAUCUGAUCUAGAGGUCAGUAAAUGUCCAGCCAACAGGCUGGACGUAUAAUUGGCAGAUUGGUGGAAUUCACGUUUAUAAAUCACCCUGGGCUUUCUAAAGGUUUUUAUUUGGGGACGUCAAAGUAAACAGGGUUCAAUACAAAUGCUCUCCACAGUUUUCAGAUUUUUAUUCCGUGUGUCCCUUUCCUCCCCCUUCACUAUUAUGUGCAGCCUUGCCUUUGUGUAGGUCUAUCACAUGAAAUGCCAAAUGAAUACUUACAUGUUUGUGGUUGUAAUAUGAGAAAUCAUUCAAAACGUGGAGUGGUAUUCAUGCUUUUGCCAGGCAUUGUGUGUGUUUUUGUUUUGCCUGGUCCUCCAACUGUUUCCUUUGCUCAAUACCUCAGACAGAUCGCUGUGGCCUUGUAAUCACAUGAGACGGACUCGUUUAUUUUUACAUGCUGACAACAUGGACAUAAUCGGAUCAGUUAAAGUCCAUGGCAUUCUCAAGGUAGAACAACAUGUAAAUUCACAAAUAAAAUACCAGUGUACAAGA